AUGCAUUCAUAUUAACAGCAAGAACUUAUUGAAUUAUUGUAGAGUCAUUCAAACAUAGCUAUAGAUCGUUAAUUGAUAAGUUAAUUGUAUAAUAAAUGCAUGCAAGAUGUAAAUAGCUGAAUUAGUUGUAUAGUAUAAACAAUGUACACUUUCAUAAUUUGAAAAGGUGUAUAGAGGAGCAAUUUAAUUGUUGAAUUAGAAAAUAGCUAAUUCAAAAUAAUAACUAUAAGAAGAAAAGGAUAAUUUAAUAGCAAUAGAUGAGAGAUUGAAAAAUACACCUUAGAUUAAUAACAAUAAUAAUAGAACACCAAUGAGAUUGACUAUGCAUUCAGCAUCAGUAUUAAAUUUAUAGGUUCAAAAAAAAUAUAUGGUUGAGUCUUAUGCAUUUUAUAUGAAAAUAGAGGAUUAUUAUGAAUAUGAAAGUGAUUUUAAGCCAAGCUACAAUUUAUAAUACUAGAUAAACCAAACAAUUGAUAUUUUAGAUGUUGGUGACAGUAUUUUGAUAGCUUUGAAUACAAAUACAUAAAAUUAGAUGAACAGUACAAUAGUUAUACCAACAUACUCUUUAUAGUUUAAUUAAAAUGUUACUGAAUUACUGACAUAAAAAGAGAAUGACGAGUUAUUAGAAAUAGAAAUUACAUAUGAAAUUAAGGUUCUAGAUUAGAAGUUAUUGAAUCUUCAAUUAAAUUAAGCUCGUAUUUUAGUGAUAUCUUAUAUCAAGAAAUUUGAAGAUGAAUUAGAAGAUUAUACAUUAUAAUUGCAAGAUCUAAGAUAGAUAAAGAUUCUUUAAAAUAAUGAAAUUGCUAAUGAAUUAAAUGAUGGAUAACAAAAUCUAAGUAGACAAGAACCAUCUCACAAUACAUAUACAAUUGGAGUUCCAGAUUAUUAUAAUAAACCUUUGGAAUUGUAAAGCUAAGACUGCUAAUAGAAUCCUUUAAUUUAGCAAAGAUAAUUAAAUAUUAUACCAUACAUAAUUGGAAUCAUUUUGGCUUCCUUUUGUAACAUUUUUAUAAACGUACUGUAUGAAUUACCUUUCUUAAUGGUUGUUUUAUUCAUGGCUUUAAAAGAGGAUUAAACAAAUAUAUAUACAAAAUUAUUUAUCUUAUUAUCAUGGAUAAUGUUUGGAUUAAAUUUAUGGUUGCAUUAAUCAUAAAUUUUAGUCAACAUAACAAGCAUAUAAAUAGGAUGGUUAGGAUUAUGUAUAUUAUAAUUAUAUAAAAUUUAUUUAAUUUUUUUAUGA